ACUUUCAGUCCGAUUGUUGUAGUGAAACGAAAUAAAUUUCAAAUAUCAUUUGUCAGUUAUAGGUUUUAUAAACAGGUUUUUAUGUAUAAUGGACUCUUAACCUUCAAAUAUUGUGUAAAAUCCUUUCAUAAUUAUCAACGCAAUUUAUAGUUUUUUUAUAUACUACCAAUAAAAGUGAAGAAGAUAAUAGAGUUUACAUGGAUAAAACUUCUCUAAAACCCAACAUGAAACUUGGUGUUAAAUUUAUGCCUCUUAUCAUUACCGCAAUAGUCCUUAUCCUUGUAAUCAUCACUACAUUUUUGGCAUUUUAUCAGAACCAUAUUUCAGGAGGUCUACCAUAUAUCAGUGACACGGGUACAAUUGCCCCAGAAAGUUGUAUUUUUGGACAAUUCCUAAAUAUAAUAUGGAUACUGUUCUCAUUUUCCAUGUAUUGCAAAUAUUUACAAGUCAAAGACAUUCUACUUAAACAUAAUAUGUCAUACGAAGAGAAUCUGAAUAGAAAUACAUUCAUAUUGGGAUUAGCAGCUUCAUUUGGAGUUAGUAUUGUUGCUAAUUUUCAAGAAACAAAUUGCUUCAUAGUGCAUUGGAUUGGAGCAGUGAUGUGCUUUGGAUUAGGAUCGCUGUAUUUAUGUAUGCAGACUAGAAUAUAUUUACAAAUAACUCCAGUUAUUGGACAACUUCUUCAGACAAAAAUAAGAAUAUUAUUGUCUGCUUUAUCGGUACUAACAUUCUUAGUAUUUUUCAUAUGUGCUAUGAUAUCCUACAAAAACUUCGCAGGUGAUAGCUAUCUGCAUUGGAAACCAGAAGACGGUGGAUACAAUUGGCACGUUACUAGCACCACCUCAGAAUGGCUUUGUGCUAUUACAAUGAUGUUUUACAUAGCUCUAUUUAAAGAAGAGUUUCAGCAUAUGAACAUUCACGAGCCUAUUAUCGAUACGGGAAUUGCAAAAUUUCAGUCUAAACGAGAUUCCCACCCCGUUCAAGUUCCGGAUGAAGAGAAAUAACUGCAUAUUUCUAGUUAUAUCAAAAAUUAUUGUGCUCGAAAAACUAUUGUAUUAAGAGUGACAUUAAGUACAAAUAACCUUGAUCAACAAACUUUUUUCAAGCACACGAAAUAUACUGAAUUUUGAAUGUACUAUGGCAACCAAACAAUGAUAUAUCAAUGGUAUCUUUGUGAAAUCAAGACAUAUAUUUUAUUUAUUAUAUAUUUCUUCAAUUUAUUUGUUUCGGAUUAUUUUAUGUUUUUUUCUACUUAAUUAUCGUUUUUGUUUUCUUCCAUCCCAAUUCUUUUCAGUGCUCAAGGCAUCGUUUAUGCCAGCUGGUAACAUCGUGACGAUUCCAGCUUUAAGAGGGGUCACGUACGAAUUAGACUAAACAACGCGCGAGUCAGUUGCUCAAAAAACGCGAACUCUGAUGACUUAUCAUUGUCUUUGAAGACCUAAAAACGCACGGUUUCCAGAAAAGCCAUAUUUCUUUUAAAGAUGUAAAGACGACGGAUCGCUUGAAUCCAAAACUUGUGUAGAUAAACCAUUAUUUUAUUUUGUUUCAUCUAGUCCAUCGAAGUAUUUUAUUUCAAAAUACCCUAGACAACGUGACCUAAAUUAGAACCCUACACUAAUAUCCUCAAUUCCCAUAUAGUAGAUCUCUUUUAAGCUUCCAACAGUUAUCUGCUAGCAUUCUUUGUUCCCAUGAUAGCGUUUUUCUAUUAACGAAAUGUCCUGCGCCUUGUUUCUCGGAGAAGAAAUUCAGAUAAGAGUGCAGGAUAUGUAUUUUUAAUAACAUAUUACAUUCCAAAACUUUGAAUGAAAUUAGAAGCUCAUUGAAUAAGUCUUUGUAAGUUUCCGCUUUAUGGUUUCCUCGGAUAACAUUCCCAAAACAUUUCUAGGCGACUUGUUUUCAGAUCAUUCAGCUUUCCUUCAAAGUUUCUAUUCUUCAUUAAUUGCUGUUUUUGUUGACCAAUAAAUUUUACGUAUUUCUUUUUAAAGACGUAAAGACGACGGAUCGCUUGAAUCAAAAACAUUGGGAUUUUUUUAAUUCAAAUUAAUGCUAGAUCAAAUAAUUUGUAUCAAAAACCUUUCCGUCAGAGCAAAAGUUUUAUCUCAAAUAGCCCCGUACUCAGUGUUAAUCUGUGAAUAUGGUUGGCGUAUUGAAUGGGUUAGUAAAUAACUUACAUUGUUAACUUUUCAUAUAGCCCGCCGAAGUAUUUUAUUUCAAAAUACCCUAGACAACACGACCUAAAUUAGAACCAUACACUAAUAUCCUCAAUGUAAAAUAUAUAUCUAUGACUUUUAUAAACGUUUCCCUUCUGAUAGAUCCCUUUUAAGCUUCCAACAGUAAUCUGCUAGCAUUCUUUGUUCUCUAUUAACGAAAUGUCCUGCGCCUUGUUUCUCGGAGAAGAAAUUCAGAUAAGAAUGCAGGAUAUGAAUUUUUAAUAACAUAUUACAUUCCAAAACUUUGAAUGAAAUUAUAAGCUCAUUGAUUAAGUCUUUGUAAGUUUCCGCUUUAUGAUUUUCUUGGAUAACAUUCCCAAAACAUUUCUAGGCGACUUGUUUUCAUAUCAUUCAGCUUUCCUUCAAAGUUUCUAUUCUUCAUUAAUUGCUGUUUUUGUUGACCAAUAAAUUUUACGUAUUUCUUUUUAAAGGCGUAAAGACGACAGAUCGCUUGAAUCAAAAACUUGUGUAGAUAAACCAUUAUUUUAUUUUGUUACGUUCAUAUCUCCAUAGUUUUUUUCAUUAUAUUUUAUUUCCCACAAUUAUUUUAUUUCAUUGACAAUAAAAAAAGGUGAAACAUGUAUAUGAUUUUAAGUAAUUGUUAACGUAAUUAAUACACAUAAUUACAUUUAUUGAAAAUGUC